AUCAAGGAGCAGAAGGUCGUGGUGGACGAGCUUUCAAAUCUGAGGAAAACGAGGAAAGUCUACGUCCAGCAGAGGAACAGCAACAUCUUCUUUGUAGCUGACAGAGGUCAGACACUGAGUUCAAGCAAAAGGGAACUGGAUAACCUGAAGAAGGAGCUGCAGGAUUUGUAAGACUUCACCACUUGACCACCACAAUGUGUGGUAUAUUCUGCCUGCUGAGUCUAUCACCUGCUCAGUUUGAGCGCGACAAAAAGAUUUAUGAACAUUUAAAGAGGAGAGGGCCUGACUCCAGCCAGGAUCUUACAGUAAGAGGUACACAUUCCUGCUAUCACUGUCUGUUCUCUGCCCAUGUUCUUCACAUGAGAGGUAUUCUCACCACUCAGCCGGUUCAAGACAGCGCUGGAAAUGUCCUCCUGUGGAACGGGGAGAUUUUUGGAGGUGUCCCUGUGAAGCCAGAGGAAAACGACACUGCUGUUAUCGCUCAGCGUCUUUCAUCCUGCAACAGUCCCUCAGAGGUUGUGUCAGUUUUGUCCACUAUACGCGGACCAUGGGGGUUUGUUUACUACCAGAGGGCUGCGGACUGCCUCUGGUUUGGCAGAGACUUCUUUGGUAGGCGGAGUCUGCUGUGGAAAUUUGAUGAGAGCAUAAACGCCUUGACUCUGACCUCUGUUGCAGCCUACAGUUCUGGACUUGAUCAGUCUGCUUGGCGAGAGGUCCCAGCAGCUGGUGUGUACAGGAUCGAUCUGAAGGCAGCCACAGAAGCUGGUUCAGUGAUGUUCGAGGUUUUUCCCUGGGCUCAUGGAGGAAAUCAUCCCGACUCGGGCUGCAGUGACACUAUAUUGGAGUCUGUGCCAAGCUGCUGCAGUGCUGUGAUGAACGAAGCAGGCCUGGUGCUCACCUCACCUGUGUGCCCUCUUAAUACAUCCAUCCCAGAGUCAAUAAAUGAAGAAGAAAUUCAUUCAGACUCAUGUAUUAAGGAUUUGGAGCAGCUGCUUGCCAGCAAAGAGAAACAACACGAGGUGAACGGUCUUAUAGAUGUUCUCAGCGAGGCGAUACGACGACGUGUUCAGGCUCUGCCUUUCAGGAUUCAGGAUGAUCCCCCUCCCACUUAUGACCACGCUCGUGUUGCUGUCCUUUUCUCAGGAGGAAUCGAUUCAAUGAUCCUAGCUGUGUUAGCUGAUCAUCACAUACCUGCUCAUGAACCAAUAGACCUUCUGAAUGUAGCGUUCAAACUGCAGGAGCCAAAGAAGCAGAAAGAGUCUGCAAAGAAACCCAAAAAGCACAACAACAAACCCACACACGAUAAACCUGGUGCUGAGUCACAAACAUCCGGCCCCUUUGACGUUCCAGACAGAAUUACAGGAAGAGCUGGUCUCAAGGAAUUACAAGACUUGAACCCUGAAAGACGGUGGAAUUUUGUUGAAGUCAAUGUAACGCAGGAGGAGCUGCAGGAAAUGCGACAGGAGCGCGUGUGUCAUCUGGUGUAUCCACUGGAUACGGUGCUGGAUGACAGCAUUGGAUGUGCUGUGUGGUUUGCAUCCAGAGGGAAAGGGUUCAUCUCCGAGGACGAGGACGACCAGAAGCCCUUCACAUCGUCAGCAAAGGUGAUUUUAACAGGAAUUGGAGCAGACGAGCAGCUCGCCGGUUACUCCAGACACAGAGUCCGAUUUAAAACGUCGGGACACGAGGGACUGAUCCAGGAGCUGGCCAUGGAGCUGGGCAGGAUCUCUUCCAGGAAUCUGGGUCGAGACGACCGAGUGAUCGGCGACCAUGGGAAAGAGGCGAGGUUUCCGUACUUGGACGAGGACGUGGUGAGCUUCUUGAAUUCUCUCCCCGUGUGGGAAAAGGCCGAUCUGACGCUUCCUCGAGGUGUCGGGGAGAAACUCCUCCUGAGAUUGACAGCGAGGCAGCUCGGUCUCGGCCAAUCAGCCGUCCUGCCUAAGAGAGCCAUGCAGUUCGGCUCCCGCAUCGCAAAGAUGGAGGAUAAACGCGAGAAGGCCUCGGACAAAUGCACAAGACUGCUGACAGGGUAGACUGUAUGAAAAUCAUUUUAAUAGAAAAUGUUCAUUAUAAAAUCACAUCAAAAAUAAUAUUAAAAGGUAUAUUUACAGGUGUAGUUCUUGAUUUAUUAUUUCAGAUUAUUUUUUUUUACUAGGACCAAGAUUUCAUAUUUGAUUGGGGUUAUCUAAACUUUUCUUUUUCUCAAGGUGAAAUAAAUAUGGCAGAUUUUCUACACCAUGUAAGAGUCGACAUCUUGUUUUUCUUUGAAGUAAAGGUCACAUUCGAUAUAGGAGGGCAGGUUUCCGACAUCAAAACGCCCAGAGAUCUCAUGAAUGUAAACAGGUUUCCUGAAAGGAGAAGAAAAACAAACAGGUCCAUGUUUAUUAAGAAACACUCUGAUUUAUAAAUACUGUUCAUGUUAGCUGAGUAUCUUCAUCAUUGAGCACAUGCAGACGACAAGAACAGGGAGUGUCACAAAGCAGGAUUAGAGAAUCAUUUGUACGACUUUGUUGAGGACGAUGUGGAGCUGAAGGAAACUCAAAGGUCCUCCAGAAUCUACCUGGGAAUGAGCCACGACACAAAGAUUCCCGGAGCAUCUUUCUCCUCAAUAGGAGCCUCCUGUAAAUAAAAACAGUGUGCAUAAUAGUUAACAAACAAAAAAAACACAGCAUUUACUCUUAAUUCUCAUAAUGUGUCAGACAUUUGAGUUAUUUAUUUGACCUUCUUUUCCUCCAUGAAGGUGUCCAGCAGGGGAAGGCUUUUCUUAGAAAACACAUAGAAACAGGGACACUGAAAGUCAAGAGAGAGAUUAGAAAUGAAAUGUAAAUGCUGUUUAAAUACAUUCAGAGUAAAUGUUGGGUGUCAUCAUUUGAUGAUCAUUCCUGUAGCCCUUUUGCUUUUUUAAACACCUUUGUGUACUGUGAAUGAUGGAUGAGCUGACACUGACUUGAUUCUGUUGGUGACAAUAUUGAAUAUUCUGCUUCUAAUAGUGUUAUAUUAGGCCAAUACAGGUUUACAAUCUGUAGACCUGAUGUGGAUGUACACACCCUCCGAUUUAAGCCGAUUGUCCGGACUUUAACCUUUGUAUUCAUUUCAAAAUAAAAACAAGAUAACUAAACGA